ACCUCUUCCAAAUCUAAAUACCCAUCACCACUCCCCGAAACGACCGCCCCAACCCACACAAUGUCUCUCUUCCACCCCUCCCCAACCUCCCUCAACGCCUUCACCUCCACCCCCAAAACCAUUCUCAUAACCAGCGGCGCCUCCGGAAUCGGGUACGCCACAGCCCUCCACCUCCACACCCUCAACCCGCUCAACAACAUCAUCCUCCUCAACAAACAACCACCCCGCAACUCCCCCCUCCCGGCCUCGCACACCCUAAUCCACACCUGCAACAUCACCUCCUGGCUCGCCCUACGCACAGGCUUCGAAAAAGCGCACGCGCGCUUCUCCCGCAUCGAUGCCAUCUUCAUCAACGCUAGCAUCACCGAAUCCAGCAACUAAUUCUUUACCUCAACGCUCGACGGCGAUGGCAAGCUCGCACCGCCCAACAACCGCGUGCUUAACAUUAACCUUACCGCGGCGGCCGCGACGCUGAAACUCGCCAUC